AUGGCGAACGAAUUGAAAAACGAAACUUUGGACUGGCAAGAGUUGGUUGCUCAAAAGCGCGACGAAUGCCAGCAGAAGAUCCCUCAGGAAUGGAUCGUCCCCACUGAGUUCUUGAAUGCGACCCCGCAUCCACUAGAAUACGAUAUUCCGCGUCGAUGUGGCCUACUUUCGGAUCUUGAACUAGAUAUUACCGAAAAUUAUUCUGCGGCGCAGUUAUUGACAAAGCUUGCGGUGGGCGAUGUCAGCUCCUUGGAUGUGACCACUGCUUUUUGCAAGCGAGCUGCAAUUGCUCAGCAAUUGAUAUCAUGUCUUACAGAGACUUGCUUUCCGCAGGCGCUGGAACGGGCUCGUUUCUUGGAUGAAUAUCUCAAACGUGAAAGAAAACCGAUUGGUCCCCUUCACGGCUUGCCUAUCAGCUUGAAAGAUAGUUUCUGUAUCAAAGGACUACAAGCAACUGUGGGAUAUGUCUCCUUUUUAAGCAAUGAGCCAGAGACACAAGAAUCGGCCCUCGUUACAAUGCUGUUGCAGCUUGGAGCAGUCCUUUACGUUAAGACCAAUAUCCCGCAAACCAUGAUGACCGGCGACUCGGAAAACAACAUUUUUGGGCGAACUUUGAAUCCUCAUAACACAGCUUUAACCGCUGGCGGGUCCAGCGGUGGUGAGGGCGCCCUGGUAGGGUUUCGAGGCUCAAUCUUGGGUGUUGGUACCGAUAUCGCGGGAUCAAUUCGUAUCCCAGCACUAUGCUGUGGGUUAUACGGUUUUAAGCCAACGACCAGACGUAUACCCUUUGGUGGACAGGUAUCAGGCGCAUCGGAAGGUCUUCCGGGACUUGUACCCGCCGCUGGUCCACUCGGUCAUAGCAUUGAGGACAUACAAUUGUUUAUGAAGACGGUAGUCAAAGAUGGCCAAGCUUGGGAAUAUGAUCAUACAGCUAUUGGUGCUCCAUGGAUCGAUGAUUCACACUCAACCAAUGCACGCAAUGGGAGUCUAAAUAUUGGAAUCCUGCCGGAGGACAAGCAGUUCCCUCUUCAUCCACCUGUCAAACGAGCACUGGACAGUGCUAUCCAGAAGUUGGCUCGUGCAGGCCAUCGUAUCAUCAAACUCGAUAACCAAAACGAAAAUCUUUCUGUUGCAUAUGCCUCUCGCCUUGCAUUCCAGUUUUUUAUCUAUGCACCCUCGGGUGACCAUAUCGCAGCUAGUGGUGAGCCGCUGGUGAAAUCAGUCGCCAGAUGGGAUUCGCCCAUGUUUACUGGUCCAUUCCCGGUUGACCAAGAGCUUGGUCCAUUUGAAAAAAUUCAGAAAUUGCACGAGGCACGUCAGCUAGUCAGUGACUCCUGGCGCCAGGUUUGGGUAGACCAACAGCUAGAUGUUAUUUUGGCUCCAGGGUCCCAGAAUACAGCAGUGGCACAUGAUACCUACGGAUGGCCUCCCUACACAGUCAUAUGGAACUUGCUGGAUUACCCGGCGUGUGUCAUUCCUUUCGAGAAAUCUUCGAAAGAGCUAGACCCAGAAGAGAUGAAAACCGGUGACGACGUGCAACCCGACUAUAUUCCAACUGAUGUCGAUGGUGCCCCUUGUUCUGUUCAAGUCAUUACCCCAUACUUCCGCGAUGAAGCCUGUCUCAGGGCCGCGAAUAUUAUUGACAAGGCCAUUCGAGGGAACACGCGAAAUUAA